UACCCUACAACACAGUCGCGCGGGAAACAAAGGCUAGUAUAGACUCAGUCUCGCGCUCCAUCCCAACCCAUCAAGCCAUGUGAGAGAGAGAGAGAGAGAGAGAGAGAGAGAGAGAGAGAGAGAGAGAGAGAGAGAUUAGCUGUAAAGGGACGCAGACAGAAAUAUUCACCGUCGGGUUGAGCGCCGCUCCCCGGAAAACAAGACUACACCUCCCUUCCAGGAGCUGAACGUGCAACCCGGGCGGAGAACAGAAUUAAUGCCCAUCAUUACAUUGUAGUACCCUAGUCAUAUUGAUUACCUGUAUCGUAUACGCCUCUGAGCGGGGGUUUGGCUUUUUCUAAGCGGAGGCAAGUGAUACAUUUCCUAUUCAAGGGGAACAGGUCUGGCAACCGAGAUGUCGGAAGAUUUGUCACAGCAAGAGAGACUCCGGGCUAUUGCUGAGAAAAGAAAGAGGGAGGGUGAGAUUGAGAACAAAAGAAGACAACUGGAAGAUGACCGCAGGCAACUGCAGCAUCUCAAGUCGAAAGCCCUAAGAGAGCGGUGGCUUUUGGACGGAGCGCCAUCCAGUGGAGAGGAUGAGGCACAAAAACAAUUACAGGAGGAUGAAGCCAAAACCAAACUUUUGGAGGAGACCAUCCUCAGAUUAGAACAAGAGAUCGAUGAGCUUGAGACGGCUGGCAAUGAAAAUGCACCUGAUGGCAAAGUAAAGGCAGUUGAAAAUGGCCUACAGCAGCCUAGCCCAAAUUCAGAUCAAAACACCAAGAAACAGAUCACAGGCAUUGAGGCCAAACUCCAGUGCACCAAUCCUGAUGUAGCCAUUGAGAAUGCCAGCGCAGAGCACCCCGUCACCAUGGUGUUUAUGGGCUACAAGAAUGUAGAGGAUGAGGCAGAGACCAAGAAAGCAUUAGGCAUGGAGGAAACAGUGAAAGCUGAAUUUGUGGUCAUUGAGGAUGGAGAGAGCAAAGGAGGAAAUGAGGGGGCCAAGGAUGACCAGGCUCCGCCCAACGGCAGCACCUCCAGUCCUGACAAAGCUCAGGAUGAUGCAAAGAAAGAGGAAUCAAAAGAAGAAGGCAAUUCAAAAGAAAAGCAGAGGUGCAAGUGCUGCACAAUCAUGUGAGUCUGGCCGCUCACACUGAAGUUCAGACUCGUGGAAAACUGACACCCUGAUCAUAACGCAACCAGGAUUAAGUAUACCCUGUAUGCUUAUAAUUAACUUUUGUUGUCAAGUAUGUAUUUCUUUUUUAUUUUUAUUAAUAUUUUUCUAUAUUUCUGUCUUGACAUUUAUAUAUCUAUAUAUACAUAUAUUUUCAUUAUGUAAACUUAUGAAGUCCAGUAUUUUGCUUGUUGAAGAACAGAAAAUGAGGACCACAACAGACUCCACUUUGAGCAACGACGUGGUUAUAAAACAUUUCUGUGGCCCUCAUCCGAUAUACAUCUCGAUAUAUGAACAUUUAGCUAUUUACUGUAUCUCCUGUAUGCAUUUGUGUUUUCAAGAUAUUAGUUUAUUACUCAAAAGAAAUGACUAUAUUGAAAUUAUGAUGUUAUGAUGCAUUUUAAUAUAUAUUUGGAACCUCUUGUUUUGAUUUAGUUUUGCCAAAUCAUCUCAGAUCACUGUGAACACUGGUACAUAGAGUGUAGUCUUUGUCCACAAUAGUACAUUCUGCAUUACUCAUUAGGCCAUUAUCUAUGUAAAUAUAAUCCAGUUAUUUAUGAAUGUUCAUGAUAAAAUACAUUUAAUCAUGUUGUUUAAAUUAGAUGGCUAUAUCUACCCCAGAUCCCCACUAUUAACACAGCAGCUUUCUGCUUUACAAGUAAAAACUUUUUAGGCCAAACGCCAUUUACAAGAUUUACAGUCCAUUAAAAAAUAUAACUGAUAAUAUAAAGCUAUGUGUUUUUAUGGGACAUAAUUUAGAAGAAAUUAGCAUGUGUGUAAUAGCAUUUUUACAGUGUAUUUACACUUUGAAAAGACACAUUUCUAAUAUUGACAGAAAACUGUAAAAGAUUAUUGUGUUUUUAUUGUAUUUUGUGUUCUCCGUUACUAGCUUGUUGCUGUAAAUUGAUCCGCCCUCAUGUAAAAAGUGUUCAACAUCAUUUUAAAUGGUUGCAGUUCAUCCAAAAUAAUCACGUAUGAGUUUUAACUAAAAUCAAAUAGCUGUCAUCAUAUCUGGGGUCUAAAACAUGUUUCACAUUCCACAUAUGUCACAAGUCCAACAGCUUUGUAAAUGUAGUAUUGCUGUCUUUCUGAUAAUGCAAUUUAAUGAAUUAUUUCAAUUUGUGUAAGACAUUAUGUGUUGUGGAUAUCAUAUAAUGUCAUGAGUUAUAGGUGCUUUAUUGGUAUGCCCAAUUGCCUGUUAUGGUCCAAGUGUUUAAAUCAGGAACAAUGACAAUAAACAAAAAAAUGUUUAU